AUGUCUCCAGGAAAGGGAAACCAGCUGCCUGGGCCAUACAUUCCCACGCUGAUUCUCCAUGGAGGAGCUGGGAACAUUACACGCAAGAAUCUCCCGCCAGACUUGUAUGAUCAAUAUGAGUCGUCCCUCCUAAAGUACCUGGACGCGACCAGGAUAUUACUUGAUUCUGGAUCCUCGGCUCUAGACGCUUCUGUUCAUGCAGUGUCGCUGAUGGAAGAUGACCCUCUAUUCAACUGUGGCCGAGGAUCCGUCUUCACCGAGAAAGGCACCAUCGAAAUGGAAGCCUCGAUCAUGGUGGCGAGUGUGGAUCCGGACAGAGAUGGCAGGGAUCGAGGGAGUAUGGCAGCAGAGCAGAAAAGGGGUGCCAGUGUAUCACUAGUCAGAGAAACCAGACAUCCGAUUCAGUUGGCCAGAGAGGUCUUGUUGGUGCAGCCAAAUGGUAAGGCUAGUAGUAUGCACUGCCAGUUGAGUGGACCAGACGUGGAAGAGUGGGGAUGGAGGGAGAAAAGCCUAGAGCGAAAGGAUCACAGUUGGUUCUGGACGGAGAAGAGAUGGGCAGAGCACUUGCGAGGUUUGCAGAAGGAUCAGAUGCGAGACGAUAGUAGGCCUCACUCCGCGCUGGCUCAAGUGGGUAGCAAGACGAGUCCCAUACAUGAUGAAGACAUCUUCUUGCCUAGUCAGGGCACUGUUGGUGCCGUGUGUAUGGAUUCGUGGGGUGAUGUUGUGGUUGCCACCUCUACAGGAGGAAUGACAAACAAGAAAGUCGGUAGAGUUGGAGAUACACCCACCCUGGGAGCGGGUUUCUGGGCAGAAAGUUGGGAAGAGCCAGUUGCUAUGAGCUCCACAGCACCUACUGUGCUCGUCCACGGCAAGGCUGUAAUGCUUACAAUGAAAGAAAGACUUACUAUAGCACUCAACGCCGGCUUUGUGGAAUUGCUUCAAGCUUGUUGGCCUUCCACGCCAACCGCAGACCAAAGUGAUGAGCUCUUGCUACCAACAGGUAUGAAAACGGCCCAAGCAACCAAUCUCCAUUGGACGAGAAGCCUCGGUGAAACGCAAGCUCGACCACACACUGUGCCAGAAAUGUAUUAUGAAAACACCGCAAGCUCCACAAAGCACAAACGAGCCAGCAGACGUCGUGCAGUUGCAAUCUCUGGUACAGGGAAUGGUGAUACCUUCCUUCGCACUGCUGCCUGCCGCACUAUCGCUGCAAUUUGUCGCUUUCGCACGCAAGGCCCAACGUCCAAUCCCACCGCGCUCGCUACAGCUGCGGAUAUGACAGCUGGAAUCAAUGGUGAGAUGCAAAGAUCAGCGGGCGACAGAUGGGAAGCCACAGGUGAGGGGCAGGCUGGUAUGAUUGGAAUCGAGGUCUGCAGUGACACUUACGAUUCCGAAGGAGGUACAACAGCAUACACGGCCUUGGAAAAGCCUCGUCUGGCAGGUACGGUCGUAUCUGACUUCAACUGCGGCGGGCUAUUCAGAGCUUGGGUGGAUGAAACAACAGGAGAAGGUAAGGUUAUGGUUUUCAGAGAAGAGUACCAUUGA